GGAUAUCAGAUUUAGCAAUUCGAUUGACAAGGGAAAAGAUACCAAGGCCAUUAAAGAAACUUAAAAGUCGAUAUAAAGGUUGAAUUACACUUCCGAUUCGAUCAGAGUUGCUUCGAUAUGUAUUUGACCAGAAUAUCCUCUGCGACGAACCAUUCAAGACAGAGACUUUCUGGCGAUGCUAGACAAAUAGAUUUGAAAUCGCAUAAAGGUUUCUGUCACUGUUCCAAACACACAGGUGCAAAAGCUGGCAAAACUGUUGUUCCAAAUAAAGACCAAUUCUUCAACUAUGUAUUACUUAUAUUUACACUCAUAUCAGGGGUAAACUUGUAAAUUCAAAGCGACAUACGCUUACCGCAUUAUUGUAUGCUGGCAGCUAUAGGAAAAACAAAGCCAUACCGUUUAUUGACAGUAAAUUGGAUUAUGUAAAUAAGCCGUUCCUUUAGCAUUAACACAGGUGUAAGGAAUGUGUUGUUUCCAAUCAGUCGAGUAAGAAUUUAAUAAAAAAUAUCUACGCCUAGGGCACUUCAAAAGAAGACUAACUGCGUUUCUUGUAAUUUUAACUUAGGGUUAAACAGACGAAUUAUUAUUCCUUUCAUGUCGAUAUAAACACAUCUUUUAAAUAAUCAUUUCAAUGUGAAACGAAAACUUCCAAGGGCAAGUUAGGGAGACAAAAAUUUAUUGGAGUCUCUCGACGAAAUCCUGUGGUUUGAUCAUUCAAAUGAUAUCUCUCCAAGUAAUGUUUAACUUGGUACUAUAGCUUUUCAGUAUUUUGCAAAAAUCACAUUUGGGGUCAUAAAGUACCUUUCCAACUCUUAAGAGUAAAGGGGUUUACAUUUGGACUAGAAAUAUUGUUCUGACCUUUUCACUUGUAUAUCUGUAUGUCCUUACGUUCAUACUACAGCCUCUAUUAGGAAGCAAAGUAUCUCUUUGUAUAAACCCAGGCAAAGAUAUCUCAUGAGACUUUAUAAAAGGUAAUAACUCUGACGAAUUAUGGAAGUUUGUUGAGAUUUAGCUUUUUUCGCCCCUGAUGAAGGUUAUUUUUCCCCAUCCAUAGCUAUCCAAUCAGCCUUGCCUUCAAUCUUUAGUUGUUGAGAUUUCUGUCGAAUAGUCUCAGCUCAAGUCGCAGUCGAAGAUACAGUAAAUUAUCGAAUAACACUGAUUCAAGUAGGGAUCUUGAAAAAUUGGGAUCACCAACGCUAAACCACUUUCUAAAAAUAUGAGGUGAGCAUAAACUGAAACAUGACUGCAAUUUAAAUUAUACGGGUUUCUCUUAAGCUGUUACCAUGUGUGCUACCCCAAGUAGGACAGGUUGUUGAGAUUUCAGACUCCCAUCUAUAGCAAGUAGAUGAACCGCUCGUUCAAACGUUUAAUAGCAUUAAAAGUGUUCAUGGAUUACCUGCAAGACAUGUAUGGUCACCCGCCCCUAUAUUGACAGGCAAAACUGCAGAUGUUACCAGAUACAGAGUACUGUUUAUGAUUCAUAAGAAAAUCUUACUUAGUAAGUAGUUAUAUACUUGAUAGAUAUUUAUAACUGCUGAAAGCCCGCGUCUUGUUAAUUCAUAAGCUUAACUCCAAACCCCACAUACAACAAAGACUUAGCUAAAACACCAAUACACUAAACAUUAACUUAUUUUCUUGAUAUGAACUCUUCACAAUGAACACGAAUUUGAAUUUACUAGGCUUUCUACAAAAAAUGUUCCACAAACUAAAAUGGAAUUAACCUGAUAAUAUGCCACUGUAAGGUUCAUAGAUGCUUGAUAACUAGAACUACUUGUUUUUGCUUUUGAAACAUUAAGUCUGAAGUUAGGAAGGCGUGCAUACAGAAAAGAACACGGUACUUAGGUCAGCGUAGUAAAACAUUUUCUCGGUGAACCCACCGUUCCGUAAGACACGCCUGACACAAUAAACCCGUUCCAAUAAAAAUAACAUAAAUUUCCUUAAAAGGUGUGUUGAAGUUGAUAGUAACUUUAUCAAUUGUGCACCUUGAAUGGUAACCCAUACUGUCAAGCGGCCCCCCAAAAGAGCUCAGGACUCUCGACAAAACAGGAACAUUUCUAAAAACACAACCUGUGCACCGAAAUGAAAACAUCCGGCUUUGCAAAGAAAGGGAAACUUUGUUGCAGUUUGUUUUAAUUUAAACUAUACUUCUCGACGCUAUAAACUUCUGGUUCUAACAAAAAUGGGCGGAAGUCUGUCGUUCUUUUAGCUUCAAGAUUGAUACGUUGAAGUGCAACCACGCAUUCGACUAAAAGGCUUAUUUUGCUCCGCUACGGAUGUUUAUGAUUCCUUUAUCGUGAAUAGGCGUUUAUCAUGAUCUCAUGAAAGCCGCUUUUGAAAACUGGACAGUGGUUCUACAUCAUCACUACGCAAUGAAUCAUUUUUGUAGAACCAUUUUAUUACCAAAAACUAAUUUUGUACGAUGGUAGUUAAUGAUUUUCUUUAUCGUCAGCAUGCGCUUAUCAGAAUGUAAUCUUAACCAUAAAUACUGAUGAAAGCCUGUUCUGAAAGCAACACAUUUGUUUUAUAUUAUAAAUCACCUGUGUACCUAUUGCGAUAACCAGAUAUGUAGCCUAUCUUCUAGAAAAAGGCUAAAAAGUUAAUAAAAACUGUUGAGUAGGAAAAUAUACGGUUAUGGUUCAAAUGGAGUUGAUUACAUUAGGAAUUUUACAGCAUCAUCAAGAUAUCAAAUUGGAUGUUUUUGUUAUGAAGGAUCAUUUCCUACACAGGAAAAAAGGUUAUUAGUCUAGAACGAAACUUCCUUCUUCUUUUCAGUUAUCUUCCAGCAGGUCGUUAAAGCGUUGAAUCCCAGAGUCCAAAAUGUAAAAGAAGAUAAUCUAAUCCAAAGAUGUGGCCAUUCAAAUGGAACCUCUCCGAGGGUACUAUUUUGCGGCGCUAUUUUUACGAUAGGAGAUUAAGAAUUUUCCGGAUUGAGGUAUUUCGAUACUGACAGUGUUAAAAAAUAAUAAAAGAUACAUCAGUUUAUCAUAACCUUGAUUUCAAACUGCAAUAUCUCAUUUUAAACGGAGCGACUAGAGCUUAAAAACAACCGUUUUAUAUGGAUUAAAGUAUUCUGUGGUUAAAACAAAGCCUUCAUUAGAAUAAGUAGGAUAAAAAAAAGGCUACCAGCUUUGAAAAUUUGGCUACUGGUUUUAGAUUGCUCCAAAGCCCUAUGUUUAGUCGUAAAUAAUUACUUUACGAUAGCGAUCUUUUAAAUACGAGUGAUAAAAUUAACUGUUUAUAUUUUACAUGUGGAGAACAAUGCGGUACUUAGAUACCGUCCGGUUCCGCGAUGGCCACUGUUUGCAAAAAUAAAAGCAGGAGAAAGUAGCUAGGGAUGCCUGGAGGGGAGGAAAUUUUGGAAUCCACAUCCGUGGAUGAUGGAUACAAUUUCAAAACACCAGGAAUGGCUGGCGUUUUCUUUAUAGGAAAUAUCAUUUAGAGAAGUUAAAACAGUGGAGAUCUCACAGAUCCUAGAUUGAGCUGUCAGAACAACCUGCUUCUAAUGGCUUGUCAGACGUCCAAUAAAUUAUUCAUUUCUUUUUCGCUUAAUGGAAGGGCACACUUAGCAAGUAAGAGAAGAACAUCUCGAAUUUCAGAAGUUUAUGGCGCUUUCAAAACAGAAAAAUAUGUAGGUGGACUUUAAGCAACGAAAAAUGUGUCCAUUUUAAAUCGUUUGGUUCAAAUCUAACGUCAUUCUGAGUUAUGAGAAACAUUCUUCAAUGUCCACGUCAAUUUGUCAAAUGAUUCUUAAGGUUCAACAUUCAUAUCUGAUCUUCAACAAGAAUUAAGUGAAGAGAUAACAAUUGCUGUGAAGGGCGCACGAGGAAAGGUAAAACUUGUCACGGCUUGAAUAUUCGUUUUAGGCGCAUUUUCACUUGAACACUGAAACUUCUAACUUACAUAGUUUCCAAAUCGAUGGAAAAUAGCCAAAGUUUGUAUCAGUUUCCAUUUUAGGUGUCAAAAAUGGCCAGCUGUGGUGCUCGACAAGUUUAUGAGUUAGUCGUUUCACUUGUCUCUUAAAAUGAUUGGUAAUUACGAUGCGGUUGAACUUUAUUACACAUGUGAUGGUGCAAAAAUAUAAAAGUGUGCUUCUUAUAUAGGACUCCCUUUUUUUCUGGCUGAACUGGAGAAGAUAAUCCGCAGGAAUAACCAGAGGGGACUCGUCAGUUGUACUUUAAAAAUUUUGAAAUUCUCUUUUAUAAAGAGGGCUGUUUUCUUUUCGGUUUUCGGCUCAUCUAAUUUUUGUAGCAAGAAACCAUGUUAAAAAAAAGGGGAAUUGUACCAGACUAAUCACAACUUCACCCGCCAUCCUACAUUCAGAUACGUUUGUAUGACAAGCGGAAACACUGAGAUGGAAAACGAAAAGGACAUCAAAGUGUACGUAUAAAGGAACUUCUUGUUCCAUUGGAAAAUGUACACUGUUGUCUUGAAAAGCAAAAUGUCCAAGAAACAAUCUGGCUAACACCUGGAUAAGCCAAGGAAGACAUGCUAUUGUUUAAUAUGUAUUUCGCUGAUUGGUUUGACUGUCAUGUCGACAACGAUAAAUUCGAAAAAUCAACAAACAGCGCCUUUGUUCGCGCCCGUCUCUCAUAACAUUAUUAGCCUUCUAAAUUAGCAUCUUUGGGGUAAUAGCUCGACGUAAACAUUAAAGUGCUACUUUUUUCGUGUCUCGGUUUUAUUAGUGGCCGAACAAACAGUCGCUGGGGAAAGAAUAGUCGCUGUGUGUUGGGUUUCAAACAUAAUUUACUCGCAGUCAGUUAUUACCAAUUUCAAACUUUUCGAGUUUCACCAUGGCGCGUUUCAUUAAAGCCACUAAUGAGUUGAAAAGGCGCGAAUCGAAGGUAAUUGCAUUUGGCGCUCGGCGGUGAGUCUUUCUCCUCAAGGACCCGUGUUUGAGCGGAAGUGGCCUUUUUCGAAAACGCAAAGAAGUGGAUUGACAUUGUUUCUAUGGUGUUUGAUUUAACAUCUCCUAAGAAAAUAUAAACCAUCUGGAUAGCGCUAGCUGACCAAUCACAGACUAAGGUUGAAGUUCUAAUCUUAAUUUAAUAAUGACAUUGUCACGCCACUGAAUGAAAAUUUGCCUGAUCAGUUCUGGGUGACAUUUGCUUUUUGACUGUGUGUGCAAUUUGAUUCCAAGCAGCUAUAAAGAGUGCGAGUGCCGUCUUAAGUUCAGACAAACAGACAAUACAAAGAAGUGAUCGUGAAAGGAUAAACCGACCCCGCCGCUGCUGCACAACUGAUCCCAGCAACGCAGAAUGUUGCCAACCUUCAGCUUCACCCCAGAGCAAGUGGCGUGCGUCUGUGAAGUCCUUCAACAGAGCGGAGAUAUAGAGCGCCUCGGGAGGUUUCUGUGGUCUCUUCCAGAAUGCGAAACAAUCCAGAAGAACGAGAGCGUGCUAAAAGCAAAAGCUUUAGUUUCCUUUCACCAGGGAAACUUCCAAGAACUGUAUCGUAUCCUGGAAAACAAUUCGUUUUCACCGAGCUCGCAUCCUAAGCUGCAGUCGCUGUGGUUAAAGGCCCAUUAUAUUGAAGCGGAGAAACUCCGCGGUCGACCUCUAGGAGCUGUUGGAAAGUAUCGUGUUCGGCGCAAAUUUCCUCUACCAAGAACGAUCUGGGACGGCGAGGAAACAAGUUACUGUUUCAAAGAGAAAUCAAGGAACAUAUUGAGAGAGUGGUACUCGCACAACCCUUACCCGUCACCUCGGGAAAAGAGAGAACUGGCCGAGGCAACAGGUCUAACUACGACACAAGUUAGCAACUGGUUCAAGAAUCGAAGGCAACGAGACCGAGCGGCGGAAGCUAAAAUUAGGUAAGCCUUUGCUCGAGAGAUAUUUGUCAUCUAUUUAUGGCUUACGAUCACAAACGUUUACCUUCACCUCAAAUCACUUUAGAAAGCUUAGUUUGUCAUACAACACUAAAUUAGCCAGUCCGAGAAGGCAUGUACGACUCCUGACUCUGGGCUUACACUUUUGGACUGUCUGUAUAUUUUGUUCCUCUCGCAAAUUUAAGAUUUGUUUAGGAUAUUUAUUGAGCUUCUUGAGGGUCGGAAGUUGAUAUAGCGACAUAAACAGUAACUAGCUGUUCAUUUCAUGUAAAUUAAAUUUUCCUUCAAGAAAGGGGAUCGUUUUCAGCACACAUCAAAUAUACAUAUAUAUCAGUUCAUGACAAUCUGUGUGCGUGUAUAUACUGACCACAUUAUCGAUAGCAAUACCACGCUUCUUCCUUGAUCGACCUUUUUAUGCCAAAGAGAAGCGGAUACGGGAGUAUAUUCAACGAUUUGGUCUGACCCUGCUCUUGAAGUGAUGGAAAAAUCAUAAUGGGCGAUGGCUCACGCGAGUCAUUCAAAUGUUGAAAAGCCGGUCGGCAAGGCAGAGAUAUACUUCAGUCUGAUAUUUGCGGCUUAGCCUAUCACUAGAUAUCAAACUAAGUACUAAGUCGCAAUAAUAUUGGGCCUGAAACACUCAUUUAAUGUCGAGCAUUUAAUGCAAUCAGACGCUGAGGUGUUAAAUUUUAGUACUAUAUAAUUAUGUCACCCUGAAUGGGGAACACUGGGAAACUUUUAGUGAACUGUUCCAAGACAAACUUCUUUUGUUUUGUGCUAUUGGUAAAAUAAAAUUUAGGAUUUUGUUUAAAGAAACGUGGACACUUUUGGGAUUAGAAUGAACAAAGGACGAGAAACAAGUUGACGUUUACACGUCAGAAGUCGCGCAUUAGUGAGUGUAAGGGGGUUCGCGCUCGUUUAUCAUGUCCUAACCGUUGCUUCUGUUGAUUGUGAGCAGAGAAUCAACUGUGGAUAUAAGAACCAAGCAGAUGCUGAACCCUGAGAAGCAGACAAUGCUCGGCGACGUUAAAAAGUGCGGAAUUCCCGAUUUUUCCCACUGUAUGAAUGGCGGGCAUAUCACAGGGUCACACACGCCUGUGCCAGUUAAACUGGAGGUGGACGAUCCAACGCUUAUGGCCGCGAUGUCGCAGGAAUCAAUGGCGCCUGUAUCGGCCACUGAAUUUACACAUGGACUUCACGAGAAUCACAUGCUUACCACAUUAACAAACUCGCUAGUAGGACUAUAG